UCGCCGAGCUCGUCCCGCAGCCCUGCCGGAGCUCUCGGCCCGAGAUGAGCAGCCCCGAUGCGGGCUACGCCAGCAGCGACGACCAGGCGCAGGGGCGGUGCUCGCUGCCUACCAUGAUGCCGGCCAUGGGCUCCUGCCCGUGGGCAGAGUCGCUGAGCCCGCUGGGCGAGGGGAAAGCGAAGGGCGAGGCGGCGCCGUCGGGGGCGGCGAGCGGCCGGAGCAAGAGCGAGGCGCGGAUCCGGCGGCCCAUGAACGCCUUCAUGGUGUGGGCGAAGGACGAGCGCAAGCGGCUGGCGCAGCAGAACCCGGACCUGCACAACGCCGAGCUCAGCAAGAUGCUGGGUAAAUCGUGGAAGGCGCUGUCGCUGGCGGAGAAGCGUCCGUUCGUGGAGGAGGCGGAGCGGCUGCGGGUGCAGCACAUGCAGGACCACCCCAACUACAAGUACCGGCCGCGGCGGCGGAAGCAGGUGAAGCGCCUGAAGCGGGUGGAGAGCGGCUUCCUGCAGCACGGCCUGGCGGAGGCGGCGGGGUCCGGGCUGGGCAGCGAGGUCGGCGGCGGCGGUGGCAGGAUGUGCGUGGAGGCCCUGGGCCUGCCCUACGCCGAGCAGGGCUACGCGGCGGCGGCGGCGGGCGCGGGCCACUACCGGGACUGUCCGCCGCUGGGCGCCGGGUUCGACGGCUACAGCCUGCCGACGCCGGACCCGUCGCCGCUGGACGCGGCGGAGAGCGAGGCGCCGUUCUUCGCGGCGGGGCUGCAGGAGGAGUGCGCGCUGGUGCCCUACGGCUACGCCCCGCACCCGGCGGCCGAGUACCCGCCGUCGGCGGCCGAGAGCCCGGCGGGCGCCGCGCUGCGCCGGCACCUGCCGCCCGGCGAGACGCUGGGGCCGGGCGGCUCGCUGCAGGGGCUGCUGGGCUGCCCGGCGCCGCUGCACGCCUACUACGGGCAGGCCUGCCAGCCGCCGGGCCCGGGGCGCGGCCCGCCGGGGGCGGUCGGGCAGCCGUCGCCGCCGCCCGAGGCGGCUCCGUGCCGGGAGCAGCUGGAGCACUUGCCGCAGGAGGAGCUGCUGGGCGAGGUGGACCGCACCGAGUUCGAGCAGUACCUGCGCUUCGCCUGCAAGCCCGAGCUGGGGCUGCCCUUCGCGGGCCACGACGCCGCCGGGCUGCCGGCGCCCGAGGGCGCGGGACCCAUCUCUUCGGCCGUGUCGGACGCCAGCACCGCCGUCUACUACUGCGGCUACCCCGACGUGUGAGGGACUGGCUCGGGGGCACGCCACGGACUGGGCAGGGUAGGCGCCCGGCCCCGCUCCUAUUUAUGUAAUUUAUUUGAACCUUAUCGGGAGAGCUUCGCAACCCCCCUCUGGGCAGAAAUAUGCUACUAUCGUGCAGAUUAAAAGCAUCUGUCAAACUGUUUUUCAACUGGUGUGCUGGCACGUUAAUAUUUUUAUGUCCAUGCCCAAAGUUACUGUUACUCUUGUAACAUCAGCACUGUUACGUGUUUGCCCAGAAUACGUUUUUAUUAGCUGUUUUUAACUAUAUUUAAUUUUUUUGUACUUCAGGAGAAUAAAUUUAUG